ACUCCCUUCAACCCGGGGAACCGCGUAACAGUAUGGAAGGACGAGUUUUACUGUGUGUGCUGUUCUCAGUCUCUGAGCGGAAGACAGGCCGCGGUCACUAUGUCAGGAGGCAAGGGUCCAAUUUCUCCCCUCUCCCUGAAGCAGGAUCACGACGACAAUCAGCAGACAAAAUCACAGCAGCAAACUCGCCUCUCUUUCGCGGACUAUCCUUCGCCCGUCUCCUUUGCAGAGGACAGUACGGAGAGUAGGGUGACACCUCCGGUACAAAAGACCAGCGGCAGUAUCCUAAAAUCCUCCCUUCGCCAAUCCCGCACCAUGCAGCCUGUUAGCGCAGCGCCCAACAGUAAGACCACCUUCACCUUGCAUUUCCACUCGAUUCUGGCAGACUGCAGCUAA